UUGCGCCGAAGCGCGAGCCGCAGGUGAUGAUGAUGGACCGAUAGAAGGAAGAGCUGCUGCUUUCUUUCACCUGUCCGCGCGCGCUGGGUUUGUCGCGCUCGCCGCGAAUAAAGCGAAGCGUUCGGUUCGAUCCUUCACUUCAAUGAGGCUGUUCGUGAACUAUUGGAGUACUCCAGCUUCGCCACAGCAGCACCGUAGAGUAACGUUACUCCCCUCGCGUCAUGUCUCACUCUGAGAGAUGGGCAAGUUCGACGACCACGAGAGGGUGAUCCUCAACGUUGGGGGCACGAGGCACGAAACCUACCGGACCACGUUGAAGACCCUGCCGGGCACGCGUCUGGCCCUGCUCGCCUCCGAGUCGGACCUCGAGUCGGUUUUGGACCAGCUGCAACAAGUCCCGGGCUUCAUCGAGUACAACGCGCGCAGCAACGAGUAUUUCUUCGACCGGCACCCAGGUGUCUUCGCCUACGUUCUCAACUACUACCGGACCGGUAAGCUGCACUGCCCGGCGGACGUGUGCGGGCCGCUGUUCGAGGAGGAGCUGUCCUUCUGGGGCAUCGAUGAAACGGACGUGGAGCCGUGCUGCUGGAUGACCUACCGACAGCACCGGGAUGCCGAGGAGGCGCUGGAGGUGUUCGAGAUGAACGUGGACAACGACGAGGACGACGAGUACGGCAAGCGGCUUGGCAUCGAGGACGUGGUGUCCGCGGACGGUACCGGCAGCAGGUGGAGGAAGUGGCAGCCGGUCAUCUGGAACCUGUUUGAGGACCCGUACUCCUCCAGAGCCGCUCGGUUCAUCGCAUUUGCCUCCUUGUUCUUCAUCCUGGUCUCCAUCACAACCUUCUGCCUGGAGACACACGAGGCCUUCAACACGGUCAUCAACAAGACAGAAGCGUUUCGCAACGACUCCUUCACGGACUUCAGCCAGCAGUACGAGAUCGAGACGGACCCGGCACUCACCUAUGUGGAGGGCGUCUGCGUGCUGUGGUUCACCUUCGAGUUCCUGGUGCGCGUGACCUUCAGCCCAGACAAGCUGGAGUUUGUCAAGAGCAUCCUGAACAUCAUAGACUUCGUGGCCAUUUUACCCUUUUACCUGGAGGUGGGCUUGAGCGGACUCUCCUCCAAAGCCGCCAAAGACGUCUUGGGCUUCUUGCGCGUGGUCCGCUUCGUGCGCAUCUUGAGGAUCUUCAAGCUGACGCGGCACUUCGUUGGCCUGCGUGUAUUGGGACACACCCUCCGGGCGAGCACUAAUGAGUUCCUGCUGCUCAUUAUCUUCCUCGCGCUGGGCGUCCUCAUCUUCGCCACCAUGAUCUACUACGCCGAGCGGAUCGGAGCCAGCCCCAACGACCCAACGGCUAGCCACCACACCAUGUUCAAGAACAUCCCCAUCGGCUUCUGGUGGGCCGUGGUCACCAUGACCACUCUGGGCUACGGAGACAUGUACCCUCAGACGUGGUCGGGUAUGGUAGUCGGCGCGCUCUGCGCCCUCGCCGGCGUGCUGACCAUAGCUAUGCCCGUGCCCGUCAUCGUCAAUAACUUCGGCAUGUAUUACUCACUCGCCAUGGCCAAACAGAAGCUCCCUAAGAAGAGGAAGAAACACAUCCCUCAGGUGGUGCAGACCGGCUCGCCGUCCUACUGCAAGACGGACCUGAGCACAGCCUGCAACAGCACUCAGGGGGAGCUGUGUUUGGGACAGAGCCGAGGACUGGAGCGCCACCGCUCAGUGCUGUCUGCCGACUGCAGCGCAGGAAGUGACAUCACCAUGUCUCCGGAGGAGCGGAUACCCAUGCGGCUCUCCAGCUCUCGAGAACAGGACCAUCACACCGAAGGGACCUGCUUCCUGCUGGCAGCCAGCGACUACACCUGCACAGCAGACGCAGCCAUUCGCAAAACGGAAAAAAGUUCAGUGAAAGAUGUAUAAAUGACAUUUUUGUGCUAAAGACCCCUCUGUCAAGCUCCUGAAGUUUGCAGAUGACAUCUCAGUCAUCAACCUCAUUCGGGACGGUGACGAGUCUGCUUACAGACAAGAGGUUGAGCAGCUGGCUGUCUGGUGCAGUCUUAACAACCUGGAGCUCAACACGCUCAAAACUGUGGAGAUGAUCGUGGACUUCAGGAGAAACCCCCUCUGCACUCCCCCCCACUCACCAUCAUGAACAGCAGUGGAGUCAUUCAGAUUCCUGGGCACCACAAUUUCUCAGGACCUGAAGUGGGACAAUCACAUUGAGUCCAUUGUUAAAAAGGCCCAGCAGAGGUUGUACUUCCUUCAGCAGCUGAGGAAGUUCAACCUGCCACAGGAGCUGCUGAAACAGUUCUACUCCGCCAUCAUUGAAUCCGUCCUCUGCAAUAACUGUCUGGUUCAGCUCAGCUACCAAAUCUGAGCUCAGAAGACUACAGAAGGUAGUCCGGACUGCUGAGCGAAUCAUUGGUACAUCCCUCCCCGCUCUCCAAGAACUGUACUCAUCCAGAGUGAGCAAAAGGGCUGGCAAAAUCACUCUGGACCCUCACAUCCAGCACACUCCCUCUGAACUGCUGCCGUCUGGUCGACGCUACAGAGCUCUGAGCACCAGAACGACCAGCACAGGAGCAGUUUCUUCCCUCAGGCUAUCUAUCUCAUGAACACCUGGCAAUAAUUGUGGAACACACAUCACUAUCUGCUAACGUUUUGAGAACAUUAUUAGUAUGGCUAACAUUUUUUUUAAAAAUGUUUCAGAAAACAGUAUAUAAUUUUUUGAAAACGGUAUUAUUUUGUCUAAUAUUUAAAAAAUGUUAGACAAAAGUCCUAACUAAAACAUUUCAGAAAAAAAUAUUUCAUGAAUGAUAACGUUUUUUCCUAAUGUUUUGAGGACAAAAACUGAACAAUCAUUACUAAGAAUGUUUGUUUACAACCUUAAGGAGACAGACAUUAACCAAAGCUCUGGGAACGUUCCCUACUAGCUGGGAUUUUUCUGGACGUCUGUGACCACGUGACGAGAUGUCAGGUCUUGAAUCUGUUCCUCGUUUGAUAGACUUGUCUGGCUGCUGUCAUCAGUGUUUCCCAGACGUCCGAUCCGUCUGCUCGUGUUCACGCUCCGUCUAGAUCAGCAAACUGUGGCCGCGUUAGCAGUCUGUGAGCUGUCUGUCAGCUGACCGCUGCAGGCCAUCGGACGCGCUCGUCUCGCUCGUCUCGCUCGCAGACCAAACACACUGCCAGAAGAAGCAGUGUACUGUAGCAUCACACUGCUAAUGUGUUAAUGGAAACAUGUUUGACUCUCACAAUCUAUCUGUCUUAAAAUAUCUUUUCACUUUUUGAUUCUAUUUCCUGAAUUGAAAUUCCACGUCCUGUUUGCAACCUCAAUUUAAAUUCAAAUUAAAUCCAGGAGGUGAAAAACAAAACACCUCAAAUAUAUAUAUAAAUACGUUUAAGCAAAUUAUGCAUAUUUUCUUAUUUAAUAAUUGCUAUGUUUUAUUUUCAAAUUUAGAAUAUAUAUUAAAGUUUAUAUUUAAAAGAUAUAUUUAUUCAAAUUGAUAUAUAUUUAUUAAAUUUGCUCUAUAAAUGUGUAUGCAUCACUGUAAAAAGUGAUAAGUUGACUUAACUUAAAAAAAUUUAA